AUGUCUAAUGGAUAUCGCACUCUGUCCCAGCACCUCAAUGACCUGAAGAAGGAGAACUUCAGUCUCAAGCUGCGCAUCUACUUCCUGGAGGAGCGCAUGCAACAGAAGUAUGAGGCCAGCCGGGAGGACAUCUACAAGCGGAACAUUGAGCUGAAGGUUGAAGUGGAGAGCCUGAAACGAGAACUCCAGGACAAGAAACAGCAUCUGGAUAAAACAUGGGCUGAUGUGGAGAAUCUCAAUAGCCAUAAUGAAGCUGAACUCCGGCGCCAGUUUGAGGAGCGACAACAGGAGACAGAGCACGUUCAUGAGCUCUUGGAGAAUAAGAUCCAGCUUCUGCAGGAGGAAUCCAGACUAGCAAAGAAUGAAGCUGCACGGAUGGCAGCUCUGGUGGAAGCAGAGAAAGAGUGUAACCUGGAGCUCUCAGAGAAACUGAAGGGAGUCACUAAGGACAGGGAAGAUGUACCAGGAGACCAGGUCAAGCCGAACCAUUAUACUGAGGCCCUGGCCCAGAGAGACAAGAGAAUUGAGGAGCUGAGUCAGAGUCUGGCUGCCCAGGAGAGGCUUGUAGAUCAGCUUUCUCAAGAGAAACAACAACUGCUACAUCUGCGGGAGGAGCCAACUGGCAUGGAAGUACAGCCCAUGACUGAAGAGGUUCUCAAACAACAAAAGCUCAAUUCAGAUGAGACCACCAUAUCUCAACAGUCUGUAUCUGACUCCCACUUGGUAGAACUCCAGGAAAAAAUCCACCACACAGAAGCCACCAACAAGAUUCUUCAAGAGAAACUUAAUGAAAUGAGUUGUGAACUAAAGUUUGCUCAGGAGUUGUCUCAGAAGCAAGAUGGUACAAUUCAAAGUCUCAAGGAAAGUCUGAAAAGCAGGGACAGUGAGACUGAGGAGUUGUACCAGGUGAUUGAAGGUCAAAAUGACACAAUGGCAAAGCUUCGAGAAAUGCUGCACCAAAGCCAGCUUGGACAACUUCACAGCUCAGAGAGUACCUCCCCAGCUCAGCAACAGGUGGCUCUGCUUGAUCUUCAGAGUGCUUUAUUCUGCAGCCAGCUUGAAAUACAGAAGCUCCAGAGGGUGGUACAACAGAAAGAACGCCAACUGGCUGAUGCCAAACGAUGUGUGCAGUUUGUAGAGGCUGCAGCACAUGAGCGGGAACAGCAGAAAGAGGCUUCUUGGAAACAUAACCGGGAAUUGCGAAAAGCCUUGCAGCAGCUACAAGGAGAAUUGCAGAAUAAGAGUCAACAGCUUCGUAUGUUGGAGGCUGAAAAACACAAUGAGAUUCGAACACAGGAGCAAACUGUUCAGCACCUAAACCAUAGUCUGAAUCACAAAGAGCAGCUCCUUCAGGAACUUCAGGAGCUCCUAAAGUAUCGAGAUAACUCAGACAAAACCCUUGAAGCAAAUGAAAUGUUGCUUGAGAAACUUCGGCAGCGAAUACAAGAUAAAGCUAUUGCUCUAGAGCGGGCUAUAGAUGAAAAGUUCUCUGCUCUAGAAGGAAAAGAAAAAGAACUGCGUCAUCUUCGUCUUUCUGUGAGAGAGCGAGAUCAUGACCUGGAGAGACUGCGUGGUAUCCUCUCUUCCAAUGAAGCUACCAUGCAAAGUAUGGAGAGUCUCCUGAGGGCCAAAGGCCUGGAAGUGGAACAGUUAUCUACUACCUGUCAAAACCUCCAGUGGCUGAAAGAAGAAAUGGAAGCCAAAUUUAGCCAUUGGCAGAAGGAACAAGAGAGUAUCAUUCAGCAGUUACAGACAUCUCUGCAUGACAGAAACAAAGAAGUAGAGGAUCUUAGUGCAAGAUUGCUCUGUAAACUUGGACCAGGGCAGAAUGAGAUAGCUGAGGAGCUGUGCCAGCGUCUACAACGAAAAGAAAGGAUGCUGCAGGACCUUCUCAGUGAUCGAAACAAACAAGCUGUGGAACAUGAAAUGGAGAUUCAGAGUCUGCUUCAGUCUAUGAGCACCAGGGAGCAAGAGAGCCAAGCUGCUGCAGAGAAGAUGGUACACUCCCUAAUGGAAAGAAAUUCAGAGUUACAGGCCCUGCGCCAAUAUUUAGGAGGGAAAGACUUCAUGAUGUCCCAAGCACACAUCUCUAACCAACAAGCUGAAGUUACCUCCAACAGCCCCCCUCUUGGAGAGCAGACUGAUCAAAGUUCAAUACAAAUACCCUCCAGAGAUGGUAGCACUUCAUUGACUGCCAAAGAGGAUGCCAGCAUACCCAGGUCCACAUUGGGAGACUUGGACACAGUCGCAGGUCUGGAAAAAGAACUGAGUAAUGCCAAAGAGGAACUUGAACUCAUGGCUAAAAAAGAAAGAGAAAGUCAGAUGGAACUUUCUGCUCUACAGUCUAUGAUGGCUGUGCAAGAAGAAGAGCUACAGGUGCAAGCUGCCGAUAUGGAGUCCCUGACCAGGAACAUACAGAUUAAAGAAGACCUCAUAAAGGACCUGCAAAUGCAACUGGUUGAUCCUGAAGAUGUACCAGCUAUGGAGCGCCUGACCCAAGAAGUCUUACUUCUUCGGGAAAAAGUUGCUUCAGUAGAAUCCCAGAGUCAAGAAAUUUCAGGAAACCGAAGACAACAGUUGCUGCUGAUGCUAGAAGGACUGGUGGAUGAACGGAGUCGGCUUAAUGAGGCCUUACAAGCAGAGAGACAGCUCUAUAGCAGUCUGGUGAAGUUCCAUGCCCAUCCAGAGAGCUCUGAGAGAGACCGAACUCUGCAGGUGGAACUGGAUGGGGCCCAAGUGUUACGCGGUCGGCUAGAAGAAGUUCUUGGAAGAAGCCUGGAGCGUUUAAGCAGGCUGGAGACCCUGGCCGCCAUUGGAGGUGCAGCUGCAGGGGAUGACACUGAAGAUGCAAGCACUGAGUUCACAGACAGUAUUGAGGAGGAGGCUGCACACAAUAGCCACCAGCAACUCAUCAAGGUGGCUUUGGAGAAAAGUCUGGCAACUAUGGAGACCCAGAAUAUAUCUCUUCCCCCUUCCUCUCCAAAAGGAGGGGACAGUAACAGGUGUCUUCAGGAGGAAAUGCUCCACCUGAGGGCUGAGAUCCACCAGCACUUAGAGGAGAAGAGAAAAGCUGAGGGGGAACUGAAGGAGCUAAAGGCUCAAAUUGAGGAAGCAGGAUUCUCCUCUGUGUCCCACAUCAGGAACACCAUGCUGAGCCUUUGCCUUGAGAAUGCAGAGCUGAAAGAGCAGAUGGGAGAAGCAAUGUCUGAUGGAUGGGAGAUCGAGGAAGACAAGGAGAAGGGCGAGGUGAUGGUGGAGACUGUGGUAGCCAGAGGGGGUCUGAAUGAGAGUAGCCUUCAGGCUGAGUUGAGAAAGCUCCAGGGAAAACUGAAGAGUGCCCACAACAUCAUCAGCCUCCUCAAAGAACAGCUGGUGUUGAGCAGCAAAGAAGGGAGUAGUAAACUUACUCCUGAGCUGCUUAUGCACCUGGCCAGGGAAAUUGACAGAAUGAACAUGGAACUGGUUUGCCCUCCUGGGAAGCACCAAUGCCAAGAGGUAGAGGAUGUGACCAUGAGGCCUUGCAGCAGACCCCAGAACCUUGACCUUGGGGCUGCCCUCAAAGUUGAUGCCCACCAACUGAAUAACCAGUCUGAGGCCCAUUACCCUGGGCCUCAGUCAGAAUUUAGCCUCCCAGGGUCCACCAAGCACCUGCACUCCCAGCUGGCACAAUGCAGGCAACGCUAUCAAGAUCUCCAGGAGAAGCUGCUGAUAUCAGAAGCCACUGUCUCAGCCCAGGCUAACCAGCUGGAGAAAUACAGAGUCAUAUUUAAAGAAUCCUUGGUGAAGCAGGACAGCAAGCAGGUCCAGGUGGACCUUCAGGACCUGGGUUAUGAGACUUGUGGCCGAAGCGAGAAUGAGGCUGAGCGGGAGGAGACCACCAGUCCCGUCAAAGAGCUGAAGGCCCAGUUGCAGAAUGCCAACAAGGUCAUUCAAAACCUCAAGAGCCGGGUCCGGUCCCUUUCAGUUACAAGUGAUUAUUCAUCUAGUCUAGAAAGACCCCGAAAGCUGAGGGCUGUCAGCACCUUCGAGGGGUCUUCACCUCACAGUGUCACUGAUGAGGAUGAGGGGUGGCUCUCUGAUGGCACUGGGGCUUUCUAUCCCCCAGGGCUUCAGGCUAAAAAGGAUCUGGAGAGUCUCAUUCAGAGAGUAUCCCAGCUGGAGGCCCAGCUCCCGAGAACCGGACUAGAAGGGAAGCUGGCCGAGGAGCUGAGAUCAGUCUCGUGGCCUGGGAAAUAUGAUUCCCUGAUUCAGGAUCAGGCUCGAGAACUAUCCUACCUACGGCAAAAAAUACGAGAAGGGAGAGGUAUUUGUUACCUUCUCACCCAGCAUGCCAAAGAUACAGUAAAAUCUUUUGAGGAUCUCCUAAAGAGCAAUGACAUUGACUACUACCUGGGGCAGAGCUUCCGGGAGCAACUUGCGCAGGGAAGCCAGCUGACAGAGAGGCUUACCAGCAAACUCAGCACCAAGGAUCAUAAAAAUGAGAAAGAUCAAGCUGGACUUGAGCCACUGGCCCUCAGGCUCAGCAAGGAGCUGCAGGAGAAGGAGAAAGUGAUUGAAGUCCUUCAGGCCAAGCUGGAUGCCCAGUCCCCCACACCCCCCAGCAGCCAUGCCUUGUCUGACUCCCACUGCUCUCACAGCAGCACCUCCUUCCUGUCUGAUGAGCUGGAAGCCUGCUCUGACAUGGACAUAACCAGCGAGUACACACACUAUGAAGAGAAGAAAGCUUCACCUGGUCACUCAGAUUCCAUCCAUCAUUCGAGUCAUUCUGCUGUAUUGUCUUCUAAACCAUCAGCAACCAGUGCAUCUCAGGGGGUUAAAGCCGAAUCCAACAGCAACCCUAGCAGCUUGCCAGCCCCCCAGACCCCCCAGAGUCCCCCCAAGGAGGCCAGCCAGGCCCAGCCAGGCUUUCAUUUUAACUCCAUACCCAAGUUGGUUAGCCUCCCCCACGCAACAUUGCCCUCAGCUCCAUCCAGCUGCCCGUCUUUCAGGCCCCCUGGCCCUCCCCUAUUUGGCUGCUGUGAGACACCAGUGGUCUCCUUGGCUGAGGCUCAACAGGAGCUGCAGAUGCUGCAGAAGCAGUUGGGAGAAAGUGUCAGCACUGUUCCUCCUGCUUCCACAGCUACUUUGCCAAGAAACCAUUUGGAAGCCAGCUGUUCCCAUUACCUCAACCCUGCCCAGCCUCACUCUCCUCUAAGGGGUACCAUAGAACUGGGAAGAAUCCUGGAGCCUGGGUACUUGGGCAGCAGUGGCCAGUGGGACAUUAUGAGGCCUCAGAAGGGGAGUAUAUCUGGGGACCUGACCUCAGGCUCCUCUGUUUACCAGCUUAACUCCAAACCCACAGGUGCUGACUUGUUGGAAGAGCAUCUCAGUGAAAUCCGGAACUUGCGCCAGCGCCUGGAGGAGUCCAUCUGCAUCAAUGACCGCCUGCGGGAGCAGCUGGAACACCGGCUCAGCUCUACUACCCGUGGAAGUGGAUCCACCACUAACUUCUACAGUCAGGGCCUGGAGUCCAUACCUCAGCUCUACAAUGAGAACAGAGUCCUCAGGGAAGAAAACCGGAGCCUUCAGGCUCAGCUGAAUCACCUUUCCAGAGAGCACUCCCAGGAAACAGAAUGCCUAAGAGAGGCUCUGCUCUCCUCCCAAUCCCGCCUUCAAGAGCUGGAAAAGGAGCUGGAACAUCAGAAGGUGCAAAGGCAGCAGUUUUUGGAAGACUUGAAGGAGAAGCAGCAGGAGAUCUCGCAUUUCAGAGAGGAACGUCUAUCCCUCCAGAAAAACGACUCCAGGCUACGGCACAAGCUGGCCCUCCUGCAACAACAGUGUGAAGAAAAACAGCAGCUCUUCCAGUCCCUCCAGUCAGAGCUACAGAUCUAUGAGGCACUUUAUGGCAAUUCCAAGAAGGGGCUGAAAGCUUAUAGCCCAAGUGCCUGUCACCAAGUCCCUUUGAGCUGUGACAUGAGCCACCUGGUGGCAGAGAUCCGAGCUCUGAGAGGGCAGCUGGAGCAGAGCAUUCAGGUGAACACUCGUCUGCGACUGCAGCUGGAGCAACAGUUGGAUGGUGGUGCCAGCAAAGCCAGCCUCAGCCACUCCUCCAUCAACCAGAGCUUCCCUGUCUACAUUGACCCUGGAAACAAGCAGUCACUCUUCCAAGAUUCAGUUGCUUCCCCUCCUGUCCGGGAUGUUGGCAUGGCUUCUCCAGCUGCAGAAUUCCCCUGCUCUUCUUCCUCUGCUCCGGGCUCAGAAGCUGAGAUCUGCAACAGGACAAAUGGUCUGGGUUUGGAAGCUUCUCCAGUAAUGAAGAGCCCUCCCAAGCUGGAGGGUGAUGCUCCUGAUGGCUCCUUUGCCAAUAAGCACGGCCGCCAUGUCAUUGGCCACGUGGAUGACUAUAGUGCCCUAAGACAGCAGAUCGGGGAGGGCAAACUGCUGGUCAGAAAGAUAGCUUCUCUUGUGAGAGCAGCACGCUCCUUCCCUGGCCUAGAAGCUCCAGGCACAGAGGUGCUGGGCAGCAAGGGCAUCCAUGAACUUCGCAGCAGCGCCAGUGCCCUGCACCACACCCUAGAGGAAUCGGCUUCCCUCCUUACCAUGUUCUGGAGAGCGGCCUUGCCAAACUCCCACAGCCCUGCUCUGCCUGGCACAGUGGUAAGAGGCCAGCGUCCAUUACUGCAUCAUACCCAGCUCUCUGCCUUAGUGUUGUUCUCUCUCCUCAGUCCCACAGCUUUCUGUAGAUCAGGAGCCCCAUGGCAUUACAUUCUGAUUUUGUUUGUUCUAUUUUUGUCUGCAGGUGAAAUCCCUAAGGGCUCUGCCAUGCACUCCAAUCUUGUGACCCUUGCCUUCCAGGAGCCAUGCAAGAAGCAAAGCCACCAGACAUCCUUAAAAGAGCAGGAAGGAUGGGCCUGCCCCCCUUUCAUGCAGCUACCUAUCUGCUAAGGAGGAGCUGGGCCCCAGUCCUCCAAAUCUGCUGGAGAUUCCAGAAGAGGGAGUGAAAGAUGUGCCCUGGUGGUAUGGGCAGAAAGGCAGAAAGCCUUCUGGCAAUACCAUUAGCCAAGAUCCACUUGGCCCAGCACUAACCCAAAUACACAUUGUUGGCAGAGGACCUUGUGACACUGCUUCUUAACAAGCCCAGUGGCAGGCUCAGUAGCCACAGCACGUUUCUCACCUCAGCAGCUGUCCUCAGAUGGUCAAGUCAGGAGGAAGAGGACUUUGUGUCCUGUGACUGGGGCAUGUGGUCCCAAUACGGUGGAGCUCCUCAGGCAGUUCUAGAAGCACACUACUGAGCAUUGCAGCCCUGCAGGACAGUGUUGGCGGGGGCUCAGCGAGCACUACUCACAGAUGCACACCCUACCUGCCGAUAACCUCCCUUGGGUUGAGUCAAGCUGGCCUUCCUUCUGUACCACCACACCUGAGUUCUUUGCAUCCACAUGGUGAAAGUGGUGACUUCCCACAUGCCAUUUGAGGCUUAGCCUAGCACCUGCAAUUUCUUUUCUUAUGUGAUCUCCAAAUUAUAGUGACCUCCCUCUACAUAAGCUGUCCCAAUUUGUCAUCCUAACUUCCCUUGGGGGAACUGGGGACUCAUGGCUAGAGCAGACCCAUUAAAAGUCUUGCAUCCAGCAAACCUGCACUUGUUUUUAAGUGGCAUGGGAUAGGCCACCAGCUGUGCUAAGUCCAGUCUGUGUCUUCACAGUGCUUAUAGAAUGUGUGUAUGUGUGUAUAAAUGUAUGAUAUAGAUUUAUAUAUGUUGCUAUAGCCACACUGAAGGCCAACAUAACUGGUGGACAGGGUAGGUGAGAGGAAAUGACAGUGUUUUUGGUGACUAUUAAAGGAAAAUGUGUAUAAAAGAAUAGUUUUCUUU